AAGUGUAUUUAACUAUGUUCCCUUUCACAAGAAUGCAUGUUACAUGGUUUGGAAUAACUUUUCUAAGCAUUUCGGAAUUUUACACCAGAAAUGCUAUAGCAACACCAACUGAUGAGGCUUUCGAACAACUAACUGAAAGUGUAAAACAACUCUCAAGCACGGUUAAAGAGCAACAAAGAUAUAUUGAUGAUCAAGCAACAGAAAUAAAAGCUUUGGAAAGAAAUGUUAUCAAACUAGAAAUCCUUAAUGAACAAUUGGAAGAAAAAUGUGAUGAAAAGUGUAAGGGUAGAAAGGGUGAAACUGGUAAACCUGGUCCCCGUGGAAAACGUGGAUUUUCAGGAAAGAGGGGGGUACCAGGAAAAACAGGAAUGAAGGGUGAUACAGGCUUAAAUGGUACAAAUGGUAGUC